UCCUAGCCGCCGGCGAGUCCGGGGCGGCGGCCGGGGGGCCUGGCGGCCGGGAGGGGCCGCGGCUGGAGGCCGGAGCCAGCCACGCCCGCGGACCGAGGCGGUCAGGCCGGGCCUGAGGGAGCCGCCGGCCGCGAGGGGCGGGCCGCCCGAGGGGACGCGUGUCCGCGCCCGCUCCGAGCUGUCGUCCCCGGGGUCGGGGAAGUGCGGUGCCUUCCGUGCGGCCUUUGCCCCGGCCGCCGAGCGCUGACACCUCCGUGUCCCACUCCGCCGCCAGCCGGGUUCCCGCCCUCCCUGCCCUCUGUCUUCUGCGGCUUGCCAUGUGUUCGCCUUUGCAGAGUUACUCUCCUCUCUGGUUUCUGCGGCUUCCCUUGAAUUUUGUCAGGAUAGAGGCCACGGUGUGAUUCUUGUCGUCUUUCUAUCGAGGGUUGUCAGUAUUUAAACAGAGCACAUCAUGCGUGAGUACAAGCUAGUGGUCCUUGGUUCAGGAGGCGUGGGGAAGUCUGCUCUGACAGUUCAGUUUGUUCAGGGAAUUUUUGUUGAAAAAUAUGACCCAACGAUAGAAGAUUCCUACAGAAAGCAAGUCGAAGUAGAUUGCCAACAAUGUAUGCUGGAAAUCCUGGAUACUGCAGGAACAGAGCAAUUUACAGCAAUGAGGGAUUUGUAUAUGAAGAAUGGCCAAGGGUUUGCACUAGUUUAUUCAAUUACAGCUCAGUCUACGUUUAAUGACUUACAGGACUUGAGAGAACAGAUUUUACGGGUUAAAGACACAGAAGAUGUUCCAAUGAUUUUGGUUGGCAAUAAAUGUGACCUGGAAGACGAGCGGGUAGUUGGCAAAGAACAAGGCCAGAAUUUAGCAAGACAGUGGUGUAACUGUGCCUUUUUAGAAUCUUCUGCAAAGUCAAAGAUCAACGUUAAUGAGAUAUUUUAUGACCUGGUCAGACAGAUAAAUAGAAAAACACCAGUGGAAAAGAAGAAGCCUAAAAAGAAAUCAUGUCUGCUGCUCUAGACUUGAAGUCAGCAGCAGCUCUGAGCCAGAUUACAGAAAUGAAGAACUGUUGCCUAAUUGGAAAGUGCCAGCAUUCCAGACUUCAAAAACUAGAUCUGAAGAGGCUUCUCCUGUUUUAUAUAUUAUGUGAAGAAUUUAGAUCUUAUAUUGGUUUGCACAAGUUCCCUGGAGAAAAAGUUGCUCUGUGUAUAUCUCCUGGAAAUAAGACAUAGUAUUUCUCCUUUGCAAUAGCAGUUAUAACAGAUGUGAAAAUAAGAUACUUGACUCUAAUACAAUUAUACAGAAGAGCAUGGAUGCAUUUCAAAUGUUAGAUGUUACUACUAUAAUCAAAUGAUUUCAUAUUGACCUUUUUAUCAUGACUCCUCCCUAUCAAGCACUAAAAAGUUGAACCAUCAUACUUUAUAUCUGUAAUGAUAUAGAUUAUGAAAUCUCCCUUCAAACUCAUUGCAGCAGAUAACUUUUUUGAGUCAUUGACUUCAUUUUAUAUUUAAAAAUUAUGAAAAUAUCAUCUGUCAUUAUAUUCUAAUUAAAAUUGUUUGUGCAUAAUGCUUUGGAAAAAUGGGUCUUUUAUAGGGAAAAAACUGGGAUAACUGAUUUCUAUGGCUUUCAAAGCUAAAAUAUAUAAUAUACUAAACCAACUCUAAUAUUGCUUCUUGUGUUUUACUGUCAGAUUAAAUUACAGCUUUUAUGGAUGAUUAAAUUUUAGUACAUUUUCAUUUGGUUUGUGUCUUUUUGUUAUUGUUUAUAGAUUUAAGUCCUUUAUUUUAUAAUGACCACAUUGUUUAAGUGCAACAGUAGCUCCUUUCUGCCUGAAUUGAGCAGAACAGUUGGCUUUAAACUACACUUAUGGGUGAUUUCUCUAGGAACAGACCUCGCACUUCCUGCUCUAGAUAUAUUUAUUCCUACUCUACAGUAAAAUACACCAGACGACAUAGAAUAGUUUUGUAUAUUCUCUCUUGACCUUAAAGAUUGUAUCUUAUUGAAUAAAAUAUCCCACUCUGUAUUAUUUUUAUAUGUAAAAAGAUAAGUUUAAUACUGUAUGAGGGUUUGACUUUGACUAUUGCAAAUCCUGCACAGCUUGUAAUUUCAUCCAGGGAAUCCUUGCCAUUGUCAAUUUGUUGGUGUGAGUGAGUCCACCAAUGCAGUGUUCUGUGAAAAUUUUCAAACUUGCUUUCUACGAGAUUGAAGAACUCGAGGGAAGUGGUUGCAACUCAGAACACAAACAGGGAUGUGUGACUUGACUGUCUAGUGGUGUAGCAGGAGUGGUAUGAAGAUGGCAACAUCACAGUUGUAGCUGGCUGUACAGAGGUGCUUUUCUUUUCCUUCUCAGUUGCAUUUUAUAAAGGUGGGGCUUAUGGAGGACAUGGACCCAGGGUGACACUGUUGUGUGUUCUCCAUGAAGAAAGGGACAAAUGGCUUGUUGGCCAGCUGCAUACUGAGAAGAAAGCAGAUUGCAAGCGUAGGAAACCCUGUGCCUUGUCCCCCAAAAUCAAGGAGACCAGUCCUAGAAAGUAAUCUUUGCUCAGGGAUCUAGAUACGGUCUCAUUGCAACUAGUUGUGAAGAGGUAUUCAUGCCUUGCUGAGAUUUGCCAGGUAUGUUUCCAGCCCUUCAGUUACUAAGUCAGCUUUCAAAUGUAAGAUCUGACCAACCUGAAGAAAUGUCAAAAAAUACUGUUUGAAACAUUGGAAAUUGUAUUCUUUUGAUAUUCUAAUAAACUUAGCUACUUAACAUU